GAGCCCGGCUCCCUCCUCGUCCCCUCCGCGCUCCGGCAGCGCCAGGCCUCGCCAUGGCCUCCGCGGUCUGGUCUCGCUUCUGUCGCAUCCUCUGGCUCGCUUGCCUCCUGCCUUUAGCCCCAGCGAGGGUGGCGGCAGGCAUGUAUGAACUCAAUCUGACCACCGACGGGCCUGCCACUACAGGAGCAGAGGUGACCAUCUCAGCCAGCCUGGUGGCCAAGGACAAUGGCAGCCUGGCACUGCCCACUGAUGCCCAUCUCUACCGCUUCCACUGGAUCCACACCCCACUUGUGCUCACUGGCAAGAUGGAGAGCGAUCUCAGCUCAACCAUCCGCGUGGUGGGCAACGUGCCUGGGGACUUCCCCGUCUCUGUCUGGGUUACUGCUGCCGACUGCUGGAUGUGCCAGCCAGUGGCCAGGAACUUUGUUGUCCUGCCCAUCACAGAGUUCCUCGUGGGGAACAUCGUGGUUGCCCAGAACACCUCCCUGCCCUGGCCCAGCUCCUACCUCACCAAGACAGUUCUUAAAGUCUCCUUCCUCCUUCAUGACCCAAGCAACUUCUUCAAGACAGCCUCCUUUCUCUACAGCUGGGACUUCGGAGAUGGGACCCAGAUGGUGACCGAAGACUCCGUGGUCUAUUAUAACUAUUCGAUUAUUGGAACCUUCACUGUGAAGCUCAAGGUGGUGGCCGAGUGGGAGCAGGCAAAGCCAGACGCCACCAACGGCAUUGUGCAGAAGACCGGUGACUUCUCUGCCUCGCUGAAGCUGCAGGAAACCCUUCGAGGCAUCCAGGUUUUGGGGCCCACCAUAAUUCAGACCUUCCAAAAGAUGACAGUGACCUUGAACUUCCUGGGGAGCCCACCUCUGACCAUGUGCUGGCGGCUCAAGCCCGAGUGCCUGCCCCUGGAGGAAGGAGAGUGCCACCCCGUGUCUGUGGCCAGCACAGCUUACAACCUGACCCACACCUUCCGCGAUCCUGGGGACUACUGCUUCAGCAUCCGGGCUGAGAAUGUCAUCAGCAAGACACAUCAGUACCACAGGAUCCAGGUGUGGCCCUCCAGCAUCCAGCCAGCUGUCUUUGCGUUCCCAUGUGCCACACUUAUCACUGUGAUGCUGGCCUUCAUCAUGUACAUGACCCUGAGGAAUGCCACUCAGCAGAAGGACAUGGUGGAGAACCCGGAGCCGCCCUCUGGGGUCAGGUGCUGCUGCCAGAUGUGCUGUGGGCCCUUCUUGCUGGAGACUCCAUCUGAGUACCUGGAAAUUGUUCGAGAGAACAACGGUCUGCUCCCGCCCCUCUACAAGUCUGUCAAAACUUACACUGUGUGA